CACAAAGCUGAAAGUACAAGUAGGACAGAAAGUGAAACUGGACGCAGCCCCCAGUAUAAGACCCCCCUACCCAGGAGAUGGCUGCACACAGAGGCUGGGCCCUGACAUGGGCCAGGUGACAGGAAACCUUGGCUGGCGGCUCAGCCUGUUGCUGCUACCCUUGCUUCUGGUACAAGCUGGUUCCUGGGGGUUCCCAACAGACCCCCUGAGCCUUCAAGAGCUGCGCAGGGAAUUCACAGUCAGCCUGUACCUUGCCAGGAAGCUGCUCUCUGAGGUUCAGGGCUAUGUCCACAGCUUUGCUGAAUCUCGCUUGCCAGGAGUGAACCUGGACCUCCUGCCCCUGGGAUACCAUCUUCCCAAUGUUUCCCUGACUUUCCAGGCAUGGCAUCACCUCUCUGACUCUGAGAGACUCUGCUUCCUCGCUACCACACUUCGGCCCUUCCCUGCCAUGCUGGGAGGGCUGGGGACCCAGGGGACCUGGACCAGCUCAGAGAGGGAGCAGCUGUGGGCCAUGAGGCUGGACCUCCGGGACCUGCACAGGCACCUCCGAUUUCAGGUGCUGGCUGCAGGAUUCAACUGUUUGGAGGAGGAGGAGGACAAGGAGGAAGAGGAAGAGGAGGAAGAAGAAGAAGAGAAGAAGCUGCCCCUAGGGGCUCUGGGUGGCCCCAACCAGGUGUCAUCCCAAGUGUCCUGGCCCCAGCUGCUCUAUACCUACCAGCUCCUGCACUCCCUGGAGCUUGUCCUAUCUCGGGCUGUUCGGGACCUGCUGCUGCUGUCCCUGCCCAGGCGCCCAGGCUCAGCCUGGGAUUCCUAACACCUAGCUUCAAGCCCUAUGGCGUGACCUUCCAGCUCCCUUCCCUCGCCCGUUAAGACUCUAAGGCUGGAGUCUGGCCAACCACAGGACAGGCUCUAGCUCGUUUGCCUUAGACCAGGCAGGGCUUCACUAGCUCCCAGCCCUGACCCAAUAAUUUAAAAGCCCUCCAGUCCUUACCAGAUAUUUAUUUCUUGGAUAUUUAUUUAUUUUUAAGAAAUGGUUUAUUUAUUAUUUCACUCUUGAGUUAGGCCACCAUGCUGGGUGCCUAAUAAAGCCAUCCAGCCCGG